GCGUGAACCAUCCAACAUUCAGCUUAGCAGAACAUCUCCAAGUUCUAGUACUAUGAGGGGGGAAUACCUUCUCUCUAUCUCCUUCCUUCAUACCGUGCUUAAUUUUACACAUCUCUACCACGUUCCCCACUUACUUGCCACAAUAUCUAGGGAACGUUUAGCAUCAAACUUUGCAGGAGAGAAUAUGGGGAAGAGGGGAAUUAGCUUCAGCACUGGUUCAGAGAAUGUAAGCCAGAGCCUUUGUGGCAGUUAGUCCGCCAACUGUUGCCACAGCUUGGCCACCACUGUCUCCUGGCAACCAGAGUCUUUCCAGCAUGAGAACGAAUGAAUGGUUGGCUUUGAACUGGUUGCUGGAAGUUAGAGACUCACAGUGCUGCUUUGUUCUGCCUUGCCUGGCCGAAGGAGAAGCAGAGGCUCGCAGCUGAGCCCUCAUCUCAUCCACAGUUGCAAGAGCCCUUGCACCCAUCACCAUGAACUACCCCCCAGGGUAUAAGGAGAGAUUGGCUACCAAGUGCUUUCAAGAGCGUGUCGCUAACAAAGAGAAGUUUUCUGAUGCCCUCAACGGCCAGCGAUGGAGAUUUUUGAAAAGUGGCCUGGAUGACUUCAGAAAUGGCUACCCUCCCCCUUCUGAUAACAUCAUCAUCCGAGGCAAAAAGGGGCCCGUACCAGUAAUUCUAGAGUACAAAAAACCAGGUCCUUCACAGCUCGUGCCAUAUACAGACACGGGAAUGAAGACCAGAAGCGACAUUGUGUUCUCCAAGCUCAGUGCUUCUCAGAGAGCCAAAAAGGAGUACAUUGCACAGACUGAGCGCUGCCUGGCCCAACAUCCACUCGCCCUUUAUCCUCAUCUGGAGGACAGUUUGCCCCCAGAGAUGUUUCAGGAUGUCGUGAAGCUCCUAGACCCUGAAAUGCAUCUGGCCAGAGGCUCACCUGACUAUAGCAAAACAGAAGUGGUUCCCCCUACAGUUCAGUAUCGGCUGCAGCAGUACGACAAAAAGUCAGAGUCGGGCUUCAGCCAAGUAACCCCGCCCUGGGCGCCUAAAAGCAAGAACCCUUAUACGUGGUUUAGUAAAAAAGAAGUGACUGAGAGAGAAAAGGCAGCCCAAAUAGCCUAUAUUCCUCCCUUGGAUGAGAAUGUAAAGCGUGCAACGAAGGAGUUUGUUGAGUGGGUCAGCUCAAUGGGAGUCGAAAAGUAUAACAUUGACGAAGCCACCAUCAUGAAAUUGUUUGACACAAGCUACGAAUCAGAAUCCAAGACGUCAUCGCCCAUGAAAAUUGUGCAGCUUUACAAUGUGCCAGGAGAGCUGAAGGAGUGCCUGGGACGCCGUCCGGACUGGCAAACCAUCAAGAACUCGAUGAAGACACCUCCUCCGCCAAAAUGGGACAAGAUUAAAUAUGGAGCCUGGUAUCUUCCCCCCAAGAAAUGGAAAAAGAAAAAAGUCAGAGAUGAGGAAGAAAUCCCUGUAUGUCUGCAAUCCUUUAUGGAUUUAAGGAAGAAGAAGGCGGCCCCAAAGGUGGAGGAGGCAAGUGGGUUCCAUGCAAUCUACGCCUUUGAGCAAUUUCUUGACAGGAAAGGCUACAGGAAGCCUCAGGGCAAAGCUGUUUGCAAACCCAAAAGGUUUGGCGAUCUAACAGGGAAAACUAAGACAAAGAAGACUGGAGCAAAGGACCUGAACAGAUCUUCAUCCGAGAACCUGAAGGAGCUGCAUGAAGCUAAACUAGAGGAGUUCAAGAAAAGUGUUUGCUUUCCUCCCAUUUAUUUGAAAAGGAAACCUUUCCUCCGUUCCCCCCGACCCGGUCUCUACUUGUAACACGAAUAAAGAAUGCUUUAGAUCAUUCUUGGAAGUGUGUGGUUAUAUCCACAUACAUUUUCUUUCCUAUUGAUCCUUUCUCUUUGCACUACUUUUGUUUUUGAGCCUGUUUUUAUACAUUCAGCAAAAUCAAGUCAUAAAGCACAUCUUGCACCAUGAGGCUGUCACAGCUUUUGAAUACUCUGUGUGAAGGGAGAGAGAGAAUUUCUCUGCACAGGAAAAAUAAAAUCUGUUAGCAAAGUGGCACGGAAGGGGAAAGGUUUAUACCUAACUUGGAACGUAGAGGGGGCUGCUCGCAUAGAGCCCAGUUAGAAAAAACAGAAA